GCCGGGGAACGCGGGUCGGCCGGGGAACGCGGGUCGGCCGGGGAACGCGGAGAGCGAGAUCGGAGCUCGGGUUCAGGCUCGGCCCAUAGCAACCUGUCGGCUAAACUGGGCCACCUGAUCAGCCCUCAGGACUCCUCGAUGCUCCGGAACAUCCACAACACCCUGAAGAGCAAGAUGCACCACAGCAGACAUCACAGCAAAGACAACCGCUACCUGUCGCCAGACGGCUACCAGGGCUCGCCGCGUAAAGGCAUGAGGCGUAUCCGCCAGCGCUCCAACAGUGACAUCACUAUCUCUGAGUUAGAGGGUGACGGGGGCGAGGGCUGGUCCUUCUCCGGCUGGACGCCCAUGCACCGAGAGUACGGAAGCACCUCCUCCAUAGACAAACAUGCAGGCUCAGGGGAGAGCUUCUUCGAUAUGCUCAAGGGCUAUACGUCCCAGGAGGCUCCUGAUCAACGCAGCCCGGCGCCGGACAGACUUGGUGAGCUGCUGACGGUGGCCCCGCACAAACAGGCUGCCCUGGAUCUACCUGAUGGACCCCUGGGUCCUACCAGAGGUAGCCCCGCCAGUCGCCUGAAGGAAAGAGAGAAACACCUGAAGAGGAGGUCCAAGUCGGAGACUGGAGGGGAGUCCAUCUUCAGGAAGCUCCGCAGCGUCAAGGCCGAGGGUGACUCGUCCCGGGCUGGGUCUGAUGUGGAAGAUGGGGUGCGGGAGGAUGUCAGCGGCCCUCCUCCCAAACCCUGGUCCUGUCAGAAGGGCUUCGCUCACUUUGACGUGCAGAGUAUCCUCUUCGACCUCAACGAGGCCAUCCAGGGUCGACAGUCCGGCGGGAAACGCAAGAACACCACCACGGGCGCCUCCGCUGCGGCCGCUGCCUCGGCAUCCGCCACGGCCUCCGCCACUUCCUCGCUCUCGUCCAAUCAGAGCGGGGUAUGCGGCGGGGGCGGGUCUCCGUGCGGAUCCCAGGAGGAGCUGAGCGGGAAGGAGGGGGGCACGGGACAGGGAGGGACUCACACCACUAACCCUGCCCUAGACCCUGGUGAUGAGAAGAGCAACGAUCUGGUGCUGAACUGUCCUUGUUUCAGGAAUGAACUGGGAGGAGAGGGAGAGAGGAACAUUGGCCUCUCUAAACGGCAGGGUAGUAUAGGCAGUGGGGGCAGCUCCAGUGGCCCUGGAGGGGGAAGUGGCUCAGAGGAGGGACCCCUGGAGACCUCUCUCCCCCACUUCACCAACGCCGGGGUGUCCGUGCUGGAGGCCCCUAAAGACGGACAGGGACAGCAUGCUGAUAGGGCCAAACGAUCUGUGGAGCACUGCGACCAGGGGUCUUACUACUACAGGAAAUACUUCUAUCUGAGAGAGCAUUGGAAUUACCUGGGUGUAGAUGACACUCUGGGUCCAGUAGCAGUGAGUUUGAGGAGAGAGAAGCUAGAAGAACACAAGGAGCAUGGACAACAGUACAACUACAGAGUCAUCUUCAGAACCAGCGAGCUCACCACCCUACGUGGGUCUAUCCUGGAGGAUGCGGUGCCAUCUACCUCAAAGCACGGCCUGGCGCGGGGUCUACCCCUCAAAGAGGUGCUAGAUUACCUGGUACCAGAGCUGAACGCCCACUGUCUCAGACUGGCUCUCAACACACCUAAAGUCACAGAGCAGCUGAUGAAGCUGGACGAACAGGGGUUGAGUUUCCAGUUGAAGGUGGGGGUGAUGUACUGUGCGUCGGGACAGAGCAGUGAAGAGGAUAUGUACAACAAUGAUUCGGCAGGUCCUGCUCUGGAGGAGUUCCUACAGCUGCUUGGGGAGAGGGUCCGACUGAAAGGAUUCACCAAGUACCGAGCCCAGCUGGACAUUAAGACUGACUCCACAGGGACCCACUCCCUCUACACCACCUAUAAGGACUAUGAGGUGAUGUUCCACGUGUCCACCAUGCUUCCCUACACACCCAACAACAAACAACAGCUCCUGAGGAAGCGUCACAUAGGGAAUGACAUAGUGACCAUCGUAUUCCAGGAGCCCGGAGCUCAACCCUUCACCCCCAAGAACAUACGCUCACACUUUCAGCACGUGUUUGUAGUGGUGAGAGCACACCAACCCUGCUCUGACAACACCUCCUAUAGCGUGGCGGUCACUCGUUCUCGUGACGUCCCGUCCUUCGGCCCGCCCAUCCCAGAGGACGUGUCCUUCCCAAAGUCCUCCGUGUUCCGGGACUUCCUCUUGGCCAAGAUCAUCAACGCAGAGAACGCCGCCCACAAAUCGCACAAGUUUCGCGCCAUGGCGACACGGACACGUCAGGAGUACCUGAGAGACCUGGCAGAGCGCCACACCACGUCGACCCCCAUCGACCCGUCCGGGAAAUUCCCCUUCAUCUCAUUGGCUCACAAGAGGAAGGAGAAGAGUCGUCCGUACGCGGGGGCGGAGCUUCGGAGCCUCGGCGCCGUCACGUGGGCGGUCCACGCUGAGGAUCAUGGGGCGGGAGGAGAGCUCGAAGCACUACUGGCUAUCUCCAACGACUUCCUCAUCCUAUUGGAUCAGGAGGCCAAGGCCGUGGUGUUUAACUGUGCUACUAAGGACGUGAUUGGCUGGACGCUGGGGAGCCCCGCCUCCAUGAGGAUCUUCUAUGAGAGAGGGGAGAGUGUGUCUCUGAGGUCUGUCAGUAACAACACAGAAGACUUCAGAGAGGUGGUGAAACGACUGGAGUACCUGACUAAGGGUUGUGAGACGUCUGAGAUGACACUACGGCGUAACGGGCUGGGCCAGCUGGGUUUCCAUGUCAACUACGAGGGCAUCGUGGCAGAGGUGGAGUCGUACGGGUACGCCUGGCAGGCGGGGCUGAGGCAGGGCAGCCGAUUGGUCGAAAUCUGCAAGGUUGCCGUGGCGACACUGACCCACGAGCAGAUGAUAGACCUGCUGAGGACGUCGGUCACCGUCAGGGUAGUCAUCAUCCCGCCACACGAAGACGCUACCCCACGCAGAGGUUGCUCUGAGCUCUACCGUAUGCCAGUGGUUGAGUAUAAGGGCAGUGGUGAGAGUGGUUCGUUUGACUACAAGUUCCCGUUCCGCAGCAAAGACAACAAGUGGCAGAGAACCUCCAGUAGCCCCCAGCAGUCCCUGACGGCCUCCCCCCAGCCGCACACCCCCAACCGGGCCGUCAGCCUGGGGAGCUCUGGGGGGAAGACUCUGUCUGCUGAACGCCCAGAGAGAAACGCUGCUAUACCACGCAGUGUUAGUAGUGAUGGACGGCCGCUGGAUACCAAGAGAAUGUCUCCGGGCAGUGAGAACUAUGCCGUAACCACCUCUCUGGCUCUGGGCCGUUCUCCUCACAACCGAUCUUCCCCCUCCAACCUCUCCUGCUCCACUGACACCUCACAGCACUGGAGGACUCAGAAGUCUAUGCCUGAGGGGUUCGGAGAACGCAGACAACACUCUCCUCUAUCUACGGAGCGGCAGGUGGUGGGGGAAGGAGGGGCUAGCGGCAAGUCCACACCAAACUGGCCGAGAGUAGAGGAAGGGGGUGGGUCCGACCGAGGUUCUACAGAUUCUCCUGUGUCUAAGUCUGGUCCUGGGUACUCCGGAGCACCACGCAUCCAGAGGCAGGAGCAGGUCAUCCACCACUCCCCCAAGAAGAGCUCCCAGCCUGAGGGUCCCUACUCCAGCAGUAACACCCUGUCCAGCACGGCCUCCAGCGGGGGCCACAGCGACACCGACAAGUGGUCUGACCUGGGGGGCCCCGGAGCACCAGGGGAGGCCCCUGACUCUGAACCCAACGGCCUGGGAGGGGGUUACCUCCAUGGUGCUUCUGCCGACAGCGGGAUAGACACCUCGUCUUACGGAGGAGGAGGGGGCCACCCACACCCCCACCACGGGAGCUCUAGUUCCCUCUUGGCUCCUGGGGGUAGAGAGGGGAGGGAUAGAGCUCCAUCCCCUUGGCAUAGCCCCACCGAGGGGGACAGGAGGGUGCUAGAGAGGUCCACGACAACCGUGGAGUCCCCACAACCCCCAGUGGAGAGGGGGGAGAGAGGAGAGGGGACUGCUAGGACUCCUCCUACACACCUGUUGGUUAGAGAUUGCAGCUUGUUCAGUCUGAGUGACGCAGGGUCCAGCUCCAGAGGCCAUUCUGGCCACAGUUCCCCUCGUGAAGAUUCGUCUUCCUCUGCCACCUCCCCCUGCUCCCAGACGUCGGUCUCUCCCAGCCCCAAGACCUUCUACCCCCGUCAGGGAGCCACCUCCAAGUACCUCAUUGGCUGGAGGAAGCCAGGAUCCACCAUCAACUCUGUCGACUUCGGGGACAACCGCAGGAAGUCCCCGGGGGAAGGAGGAGGAGGAAGUGGAGGAGAGGGGGGUGGAGGUCAGGGCGGGGUCGGUGUUCAGAGCAGACCUCAUCACUCCCCCCAGCCACACCUCACCCACGCUAAGACCAGUGCAGAGGAUGAUAUGAAGCGACUGAGUCCAGACAGCCCCCUCAAACACAGACGGCACAAGGCCAAGGACAAGUCCUCCUCAGGCCAGCCCCCUACCCGUCGAUCACUCCACCGGACCCUGUCUGAUGAGAGUAUCUACCGGGGCCAGCGUGUCCCCUCUCUGAGGCUUGGGGACCUAGAACCAGACCCCAGCCUGGCUAGUGACGUGCUGUUCAGCUGCUCCACGUUGCCACGUUCUCCCACCACCCGCGGGGUGCCUCUCAGACGACCUUCGUACAAACUGGGGAUCAAACUCCACGGGGACCUGUCUGCAUCUGACACGUCAUUGGCUGAGAUGGUUGAGCGUCAGCGCCACCCCCUCCCCCAGGAGCUGAUGCCCCUCCCCCCCUCUGAGAGCAGGGACAGCCCCCUGGACUGGACCCACCUGGUGGAUGUGGCCAGCACCUUUGAGAUCCAGAGAGGGUUUUUGUUUAGUGAUUCUAACCCCAGAGGUAGUGGAGCCUCCAGCCCUCACCAGUCACAGCCCAGCCUGGAGAUACAGCUUGGCCCUCUAUCAAGACCCUCAUCCAGUGAGGGUCCUGCAGGUUUGGAGAGGAAGUUGACCAAGCUGGAAGCCAUGGUUAGGAUGCUGCAGGAUGACCUGAAGAAGGAGCGUGAGGAGAAGCAACGUCUCCAUCUGCAGAUCAAGAUGCUAUGGGAAGAUAACCAGCGGCUGCAGGAGGAGUCCCAGAGCUCUGCUGCCAAACUCAAGAAGUUCACAGAGUAGACAGAUGGAGGGAAUAGACAGACAGCCCUGCCUGCUGUUUUCUGUCCAAUCACAUUCCUCUACACACAUACAGAUCUUCCUCUUCACCCGUUUCUAUUGGACCAACCAAGUAGAGAGAAUGAAGAGCCAGCAAUCCAGGUACCUACUGGGUUAACUAGGUGUCUGUGGAAGCCUGGACAUUCUGACCAAGGGAUUGUAUCUGCUUUGGACCAGGGCAUUGAGAAGCAUGUGCUUCUAACAUCUGAAAGAGAACUUUCCAAGAGUCUGGAACAAUAGAUCUUUUGGCAGUUGGAGUUUUGUCAACCCCCCCUCGCACCAUAUUGCCCUCCCAACUAGUCUCAUUGACCAGUAGUGUGUUACAACCCCCCCAAACCACACUCUGACCCUCCCCAAACCACACUCUGACCCUCCCCAAACCACACUCUGACCCUCCCCAAACCACACUCUGACCCCCCCAACCACACUCUGCCCCCUCCCAACCACACUCUGCCCCCUCCCAACCACACUCUGCCCCCUCCCAACCACACUCUGACCCCCCCAACCACACUCUGCCCCCCCCCAACCACACUCUGCCCCCUCCCAACCACACUCUGCCCCCCCCCCUCAGAAACAUCCGGCAUCCUCGAUCUCAGAAUCCAUUGUGUAGGUGCUUGUGACACUUAGAGACUGCGUCCCAGGUUCGUUAGAUAACCAAGUCAUCAACAGCGGAGAGAGAUGGUCAGAUGACAUGGUUGACGGCAGGACUAUAUUGCUAACAGAACGGUGUUUUAAAAGCAAUAAGCACGGAACAUGACCAAGACUUCCUGUUCCGUUGUCAAGAGAAGUUCUGAGGACCAGUAGGUUUGAAACGGCCAAAGCAGAGUGAUUGAAUAGCAAUGGGACGUCUUCAUCAUUUUGGUGUACGGCGCGAUGAAGAAGAGAGAGGAUUCUUCUCUUUCCCCCUCCACCAUCUCAAGGAAUGUGAUUCACUUCUAAAUCGUUUUAAAUCGGGAAGCAUUUUUUGGGGGGGAUUUUAUUUAUUUCUUUGUAUUAUAAAAAAUAAUGAAUAAAUAAGUUGUUCUUAUUGCGUACAGUACAACUGAAGUCGUCAGUGUUUAGUUUUCUCUUAGAAAAUGUCAUUAUUUUAUUAUCUAAAUGGCUUUGAUUCUUUCCAUUCUUGCUUUUAAAGCCUGACAUUAUGGUUUCUACUAGCUCUGGUCCAGGGCAUAUUAGUCCGUGUUCCUCCACUCCUGUUAGUAGAGAAACAUGCGCUUACACCCUGGACCAGAGCUAGCUUCCUAUAUUAUUAAUAUCUCGUUUCGUGGUGCCAGCCUGCUGUUGUGUUGCUUACAGUGCCCUCCAGUGGUGAAAAGUGGAAGUGUCACUCAACAUAAAAUAAUCAAUGUGCUGCCAUGAUCCAUCCUCUGUGUACUAAAACACCUCUCUGUCUCUAUAGUCAGAAACGACAGUCGUUUUAUUCAGUUCAACCCCCACAGAUAAAGGAAGAAAGGAUAAUUGUGUGAUUCAAUCUGAAACCCUCAACAUUGUCAAGCUACUCGAGCUGCAAUACAGGUGUCUGAGAACAAAUAGAGUACAAUAAAAUAUGUUGUUGUUGUUUUUGGUGUAAAUGAAUGUGUUCGAUUGCAUCUAUCUCUGUGUAGUCUGUGUUCUUCAUCCACUGAUGUGGAGACAUGACUUGGAUCCUGGCUUGUCUUCUAGCCCAACUCCUAUUGGUCACAGUUGGCAUGACGACACAAACCGUUCUGACUAAGAAAACACCUGUGUCACGACUAAAAUGGACAGCUACCUGGUAUACACCUGUGUCACUACUAAAAUGGACAGCUACCUGGUAGCAGACACAGGGCAGACACAGGUGUAUACCAGGUAGCUGUCCAUUUUAGUAGUGACACAGGUGUAUACCAGGUAGCUGUCCAUUUUAGUAGUGACACAGGUGUAUACCAGGUCUGUCUGUCUGUCUGUCUGUCUGUCUGUCUGUCUGUCUGUCUGUCUGUCUGUCUGUCUGUCUGUCUGUCUGUCUGUCUGUCUGUCUGUCUCUGUCUGGGUCUGUCUGUCGUCUGUCUU